AUGCCAGAUGGAGAUACUGAUCUCCUGGUGAUUGGUAUUAAUUUAGAAAUUAUUAAGGGCACCAUAUUAUUAGGGAAAGAAAGAAAGAUGCAUGCUCUGGCAAGAAGUAAUUUACAACAUUUUAUAAUUAGUUAUAAAGAACCAAGUACUGUAUUAGAUGAAAGAAAAGCUCUUAAAUUAGAAAAGAAUUUCGAUUCUUUUUCAAACAUCUUUGAUGGUAGAGAAUGCCAUCGACAAAUGAAAGCAUUAAUAGAAAAUGAUGGUAGAAAAAAAUUAGAACAAGCUAAGAAGAAAAGUGUAUCAUUUGCGGUUCGGACACUUCUUCCAUACAAUGGAUGUCUUGAUAAUGACAUUCCAGUACCAGGAAAAGCUGUAUCAUUUCAAGUGGGACAAUUUUUACACAUAUAUGAGAAAUUUAAUAAUGAUUGGUGGAUAGGGCGUUUAGUAAUUGAUGGAUCAUUAAUGGGUUUUAUACCAACACCUACAAAAUUUCAACAAAUUCGAACACAUCGUUUCAAAAUUCUCCAAAGAGGACUCAAGAAAUCUAAUUCAUCAUCAUCCAUGGAAACAACAACUGGAAAAGGAGGCCAAAUACUUUAUAAUCAAUCUAUGUAUUAUGAUGUUGUUCCACCAAUGAGACCAGUUUGUUUUAUAGGACCAUCAUUAAAAGGAUAUUAUGUAACAGAUUUUCUUCAAAAAGGUAUAUUUGAUUGUUUAAAAGAUUCUUUCAAAGAUCGAGUUAAUGUAUGUAAAAUGAAUGAUGAUGCUAUUAGCAAUAUUGGUAACAAAUUUCAUUCAACAGAUUUAAAUGAAUCAUUUUAUAUGGAAGCAGAAAAAAUUUUUAAAGAAAGUAACAAAAUGAAUCUAGUUCUCCUAGAAAAUGGGAACAUUGAUAAUCCAGCACAUCUAAAAAAUUCAUUUUUGGCGCCUAUUAUAAUAUAUAUAAGAAUUGAAAAUUUGAAGGUUUUAAGAAAAUUAAUUAAAAGUAAUGAUAAAUGUACUGUUCAUGAGGUUAAAGCCCAAUUAGCAUAUGCCGAAAGUUUACUCCGCCUGGGAGAUGACGUUUUUGAUUUGGUUUUAAAAGAAAAUGAACUUCCUAAAGUUGUUAAAGAAAUUAUAUUAUUUUUAGAAACCUAUUGGAGAGCAACACACCCUAACUGGAAAGAAAUAGAAAAAAAUUCAUUUAAUGCUUCAAAAUCUAAAAUUUCAUUUAGUGAACCAUAUUAA